ACUUUGGAGAUUCGUUAAGCUGGAUUAAUGCAUCAUGUCUAACCGGGAUUUCUCCAUUAAAGUCGAACAGUCGCACCCAGAUUUGAGUGAUUUUCGUGAUCUUCCCGAUUUCUGUGAAUUUCGGAACGGAGACCUGAGUAACCAGCGGAAUGCAGGUACGGGAGGAGGAGAAGGGCGAUGCGGCAGUGAUGGUGUGACCAUCGCUAUGAGCAAUGGUAUUACUCGUACCAACAACAUCCCACUCAAUGGGAACGCUACCUUUGGAUUUGGGAGUGCAGGAGGAGGGCUAGAUGAAAUUGGUCUUGAUGGCCAUGAUGGUGGUGGUGGUGGUGGUAGAGGAAGUGGAGGAGGAGGAGGAGGUGGUGGUGGUGGCGGCGGCGGCGGCGGCGGUGGUGAUGGCGACGGCGAUGGAGGCGGACGAAGAGGUAGAGAACGUAGAGAUCGUAAGAAACGAUCAAGUAAGGACACUGUCUCCACUGGCGAAGAUCGUCCUCAACCUCUCGGUCCAGGGCAACUGAAGAUGAAGAUCGACCGACCGGUGUACACCAACCUGGAAUUCAACCACAAGUUUACACCUCAUCAAGAAGUCAAGACAGCCAGGCAACGGAUCGAGAAAAAGAUGAAGCAGUUCAAUUGUGGAAACGCAGUUAAAUCGGCCGCACAAUCGGUGCUUCCUGUGUGCAAGUGGAUACCUGCUUACAAAUUCAGGGAGUAUCUGUCAUCUGAUUUGAUCGCUGGGAUUACCAUGGGCAUCGUCAAUAUUCCUCAAGGUCUUGCCUAUUCCAUCCUUGCCGGACUACCUGCUGUCUACGGUCUCUACACUACGUUCUUUCCUGUUCUUAUCUACUUCUUCAUGGGUACAUCCAAACAUCUCUCUAUGGGUACCUUUGCUGUGGUGAGUCUGAUGUGCCGUGAAACCGUUGGCCGAGUCCUGAUGGAGCGUUUUCCCUCCGCCUCUGCGCUGGAGAUGGGUCCGCCUCUCGACCUGGAGACGGGUCCGCCUGGAGACAAUUUUCAACUCAACGGGACGCAUUCGGGCGACGGCCACAAUCAUGGCGGCACCGACAUCGAAGAGGAGAGGGUGAAGAUACACGUCGCUCUCUGUCUCAUCGUCGGUAUCCUACAGGUUCUGAUGGGUAUUUGUCGAUGUGGCUUUGUGACUGUAUACCUCUCUGAGGCCUUGGUACGUGCCUUCACUACAGGAGCAGCCUUCCAUGUACUGACCAGUCAAGUUCCAUCGGCUCUAGGUAUCAAUGUCCCUGGAAGAUCGCUUGAUGACAAGACCCCGGAAAUCGUAUUUGUAUGGAAACAUCUCUUGACUCAUCUGGGCGACAGCAACACAGCAACAAUCAUCAUCUUCAUGAUAUCAUUCGGUGUGAUCUUCCUGACCAAGGAGAUCAUUGAAAAGUUUAAGCACAGGAUCAAGUUCAACGUCCCCAUCGAGCUCAUCGUGGUAAGUUUUUUUUUUGGCAACAGACAUUAUAGAAAAGGUCAUCGUGGUCAGUCAGGCAAGCCUUGGCGAAGGAAACCUAAAACAUUAUUUGAGGUAUUACGUUGGAUCUUGAAGGGGAACCUGCAAGUGGCCAUCUCCAUCAUUGUAUCCAAAUUCGCCUUCAUGCACAGUCGCUAUGGUGUGGACACUAUCUUCGAGAUCAAAACAGGUUUCCCUGCCCCACGUAUCCCAAGCAUGUUCGGCACUCUCUUCGGUUCGCUGAUUGGUGACAGUUUCGCCAUCGCCAUCGUCGCCUUUGCCCUGUCCGUGUCACUCUCGAAGACCUUCGCUACCAGGAACAACUACGAAAUCGAUGCAAACCAGGAAAUGUUGUCAUAUGGAGUCUCGAACAUUGUCUCAUCGUUCUUCCAUUGUUUUGUCUGCUGUGGAGCUCUUGCUCGUACAUCCAUACAAGAAGCUGUCGGAGGAAAGACACAGAUCGUCACCCUGGUUUCAUCUACUAUGGUCAUGUUGGUAUUGCUCUUCAUGGCUCCAUGGUUCGAACCUCUGCCUAAGUCUGUGCUGGCAGCCAUCAUCUGUGCUGGUCUAAAAGGCAUGUUCCUUCAGUUCAGGGAUCUGCAUUUCUUGUUCCGAUAUUCCAAAUACGAUUUCAUCAUCUGGGUUUCUACCUGGGCCGCUGUGGUCUUCAUCGGAGUCGAUCUCGGUCUCGGAGUCGGCGUCAUCGUCGCCCUCUUCGUCACCGUGGUCAGAACGCAAACACCACACUUCUCCACCAGGGGUAAUGUCAACGGAACCGAACUCUACAAGAACAUCAAGCGAUACCCAAAUGCCAAAGAGUACGACCAAGUCAAGAUCGUCCAGAUGCAGGGCUCAUUGUACUUUGCCAAUGCCGAGAUGUUCCGCAACCAUGUCUACGAUGCCGUGGACAUCAACCCGGUCAAGGUGCUGGUCAAGAUCCAGAAAGCACAGGCCAAAGACAAGAAGAUCCAGAAGAAGACGGAAAACGAAGACGUACCCAUUGACAUCAUUGAACUGACCGGUGCAAACGAGGAGCAAGUCCGAGAACACAACUUGAAGAUCAGAGCCAUCAUCAUCGACUGCGGUCACUUCGGCUUCGUUGACUCGAUGGGAGCUAAGACGAUGGCCGCCUUAGUCAAAGACUUCAAAGCUGUUGGUGUGUGUGUUGUGCUGAGUGGCUGCUCAGAUCACGUGAUGCAAUCUUUGUCCUGCCUAAGUACGAUCAAGAAAGAACUAUUCUAUAUGACCGUUCACGACGCCUGGCUAUCACUUCAGAACAUCCGACUACAGGUGGAGACCAUCAUGAAUGGCGAACCUAUCAAGAAGCGUCCGUCAAGGUGGAAGAGGUUCAGAACAAGGGAGGCGACCAUCUAAGGAGGGGAACCGUAGAGUAGGUGAAGAGAAGAGAAGGAUAAGGGGUAUAUAGAGAGAGGGCAGAAGAUCUAUUGGGAUUCCGAACAAGGGAAGUAACCAUCUCACUUUGGCAAGAUAUUCACCUAUACUGUUGCUACUCUUCACCCGGGUGUUAAAAUGGGUACCCGGUAGGAUGCGACCGACAUUGUUGGUUAAACAGUUUGUGAUCGUCAAGUAACGCCUGGCUGGAAUGCUCCCCAGGGAGUGGAGAAGUUGUGUACACACACUGUGUUCGGACAAGCACUGAAUCCAACGACCAGGGUAAUAGUAAAUCUGUAAAGCGCUUAGAAACGUCCGAGAUGUAUUAAGCGCUAUAUAAAAGCUGAAUAUUAUAUUAUUAUUAACUAAGGAGAGAGCGAAAGUGGGGUGGGGAAGAAGGGACUGGGGUAAAGGAACGGUUAUUUGGAUGAUCUGAAAUGAAAUACGGAUGAAAAGGAAAAGAAACAAGGGGAACAUUUUAAAUUAUGAUUGGCCGGGAGAAGAAAAGCUUGUGCAAUAAGAAGAUAAUUUGGAGAAGAGUUCAACAUUAUGAAAACGAAAAACCCCACGGUAUUAUCAUCGAAAAGACACAAUUACGGGUGUCACAUAGACAAACUCACUGAUGAAAUUUUGCGUUUCAUUUUGAUCGUAUAAAGCAUGUAAAAGUAAUUUAAGAAUGUCAGUUGAAGCUGAUACAUGUAUAUCAUGAUGUUAUCAAAUUUGUAAUUAUGCUGAAUCUGUAUCUCAUUAUAAGAGUGUGGCCAUUACUAUAAGUCAUCUUAAAGUAGCCGAAAAUAUAAAAAAAAAAAAACCAUGGUAAUAUUUACUGUGCAAUAUUUAUUUGCUGUUUACAUGCUCAAACCGCUGUAAUAAAACAAGAAGAGGUUUUAAAAUUGCUUGGAUGCCAUUAUUAAUGAAUUAUCGAUUAAUGUGUAAUGUGAAAGUGUUCAUUUUAUUGUAAUUAUAUUACGUAAUAUACUUGUAAAUAGUAAUUGCUAUUCGAUAAUAUUUGAUUCCACUUAUCGUUAUGAAUGUAUUGAGUGCUGGAACACUGUCAUAUUUUAUCUUUAGAAAAUAACCCUUGCUAAAAAAAACUGAAGAAAUUAUUGUUCAAGAAAACAGCUAGAUACACAAAUUACAGCAUUCUUUUGCAAUGAAUCGACCGUUUUAAGACUGUUGGCAUUUUGUAUUUAGUUGACUUAUCACAAAUAUAAGUCUGCCGUAUAUCUCUCCAAAUUCUUGAUUUUAAAAUAAUAUUGUGUUGAGUUGAGACAUUGUAUUUUUGCGACUGGCUUCUGAUACUCAGGAAAGUUAAUUUUGCAUUACGAAAGAAAUUGAAAUAACAAGCCUCACCGAAAGCCAAUUUUGUAUAAAUAUGUAUCAAUAUUUCGUGUUUGCUCAGAUGAUUUAUGUAAAAAAAAAAAUAUAUAUAAGUCACUACCUUCAUGAUAAAACUUCUUUUAAUUACGAUUACAAAAAUAUGCUGUAAAGACCUACUAUACGUGAUAAGAAAGCUGUUUAUUGUUCUUCACAUCGCAUCUAUCCAUUUUACCUUCUGCAUUAUAUCUUAUACAAUAACUUGCGGGGGAUUUGUUAUUUGUUUUGUUUUGUUUUUGUUUUUCAAAAGCAGCUCCCCCCGAAAACUGAGUUUUUUUCUGCUUUUAGUCACAGGGGAGUCAGUACACUUAGAACUCCCCGCAUUUUCGCCUUAUAUUUGUUGGUGUUUUUAAUUUUUUUAUUGACUUGGCUGACAUUGAAAUCCGACUUUACAUAGGAGUCCAAAAAUAAAAGAGGUGUCGUAUUUUGUAAGUUUUAUAUAUAUCAUUCAUUUCCUUGUAAAUAAAAACACAUAAACAUGAAUCUUCCACAAUCAUGAUGAAUGUAUAGCUGUAAUGCAAACUAUUUUGUACAAUGUGAUUUCAAAUUUUAAGAUUGACAUAGAGUGCCUAAAUACAUCUGUGCCUAUAGCUUUCUGCUUUGAGUAUCAUACGACGUUAAGUGUUCUUGUAUUCGGAGAAAAUGUGAUGUAUGCGAUUUCACAGUGCAAUAAAAUGAAGUAAUCAAAAUUGAA